UCCUCCUCCUCCUCUUCCUCUCCCGCCGCUGCGUCCAUUAUUACCGAGAAGAAACGGAGAAUGAACAGCGAGAAAACGCGACCACUGCAGGCCGAGCGGACCGCCUCGGAGGACUGAAGGAUGAGCGCCGACUGCGGGACGCAGAGCCGACCGGAGCCGCCGCCACUGAGCACCGGAGGAGGCAACAUGAGCUCGGACUAAGCAGGCGAGAGGACUCCGCUGCGUCCGUCGCGGCUCUCGGUCGGGAUGUCUGGAGCGGCCGGACCUGCACCGCCCACCGGGGCCGGACCGGAGCUGCCGGACCUGAGCCAUCUGACCGAGGAGGAGCGGAGGAUCAUCCUCUCCGUGAUGGAGCGACAGAAGAAAGAGGAGGAGAAGGAGCAGAGCAUGCUGAAGGAUGAGGAGGAAGUAAAACCUCUCCCAGCUUCGUGGAAUCCGUUCUCAGGGUUCAGUCAGUUGGUCAAUAAUGUUGCAGCCAAUGUGUCCGAAGUUCUGCAGGUUAAAAGUCCGACUGACAACGAGUCGCAGACGAAGUUACAUCAGCAGUUUGAGAUGUAUAAGGACCAGGUGAAGAAGCUGGGGGAGGAGCCUCCUGCGGCGCAGACGGCGAGGGCGGAGUCUCCCACCUGCGGCGUCUGCCACAAAACCAAGUUUGCCGACGGCUGUGGCCGAGCCUGCUGCUACUGUCAAAGCCGCUUCUGCGCGCGCUGCGGCGGGCGCGUCCCUUUAAGAGCCAAUAAGGUGAUGUGGGUCUGCAACGUGUGCAGGAAGCAGCAGGAGAUUCUGACCCGGUCGGGAGAAUUUUACCCCAACGCGUCGCCUCCACACGGGCCGAUGCAGGGAGCGCCGGGGGCCGUGGGGCCCCUGAGCAACGGGGCCACGGAGCAGAGGCGGAGCCCCUCGGCGUCGUACUACGAUGGUGGCGGCAGGAUGCCUCGCUCGCCUUCCGACCACGGCUUGGACCGCCGCCCCCGCUCCACGCACAGUUACCAUGGCAACGGCGAGGAGGAGCUACGUGUCCAGAGGCGACCAAUCAAAGACCGGCGCGGCCGCUGGCACUCACAGGACCACCCGUUUGACCCGGUUCUGGUGGACCGGGAGCUGCGGCGCCGCCAGGAGGAGGAGUUCCAGGCUCGCUACCGAAGCGACCCCAACCUGGCCCGCUACCCGGUUAAGCCGCAGCCGAGCGAGGAGACCAUGAGGAUGCUGGCGCAGGUCGGCCGGGUCCGACACCAGCGCCGGCACAGUGACGUGUCGCUGGCCGCAGCAGAACCGGAACACCUCAACCUCAGACACUCAGCCAUCCGCCAGAAUCGGCCUCAGGGACUGAUUGGGUCUGGAGGUCAGAGGUCAUUCUCAGUUGACAGGACUCCCAAUCACCUCAGCCCCACGUCUCCUCGCCGCAGCCCGUUGCCACAGCAACUCCUGGACCCGAGCUCCGCCCUCAAGAGGAAGCCCACCAAUGAGAGCCUGGUGCAGAGAGGGAGGAUGAUGGGGAAGAUGCACGUGAUUGGCAGCUUCAGCAGUUCAGAGGAGGAGCUGCUGACCACACCUGAGUACACCAGCUGUGAUGAGCCUGAUAGAGACAUGGAGAGCCAGUGGUGGGAUUACGGUACCUGGCAUGGCGAGCCCGCACCUAUGUCUAUGCAGCCGGUCACAUGGCAACCAUCCAAAGAUGGGGAGCGUCUGAUUGGUCGAAUCGUCCUGAACAAGAGGAUGAAGGACGGGACGGUUCCUGCAGACACAGGAGCCCUGCUGGGCCUCAAGGUUGUUGGUGGGAAGAUGACGGAGUCUGGCCGUCUGUGUGCGUUCAUCACCAAAGUGAAGAGAGGAAGUCUGGCAGACACGGUGGGACACCUGAGACCAGGUGAUCAGGUCCUGGAGUGGAACGGCCGGGUUCUUCAGGGCGCCACAUUCAACGAGGUCUAUGACAUCAUCAUGGAGUCCAAACCAGAACCGCAGGUGGAGCUGGUGGUCUGCCGACCGGUCCGAGACGUUUCAAGAGCAGCAGACGCCUCCAGUGUUCACCUGGACUCCAGUUCCAGUUCCUUCGACUCCCAGAAGGUCGGCCCGUCCAUCUCCGUCACCUCUCCCAUGAGCCCCAGCGUUCUGUCGGGACAAGUCUCCAGCGUAAACAGGCCUCCUCUGGUUCCCAGGAUCCAGAUCAAACUGUGGUACGAUAAGGUUGGUCAUCAGCUGAUCGUCACGGUCCUUGGAGCCAAAGAACUUCCUGUUCGGGACGAUGGACGACCGCGAAACCCAUACGUCAAGAUCUACUUCCUGCCGGACAGAAGCGAUAAGAGCAAACGCAGGACGAAGACGGUGAAGAAGUCCCUGGAGCCUCGCUGGAACCAGACCUUCAUGUAUUCCCCGGUUCAUCGGCGCGAGUUCAGGGAACGGAUGCUGGAGCUCACCGUCUGGGACCAGGCCAGAGUCCGAGAGGAGGAGAGCCAGUUCCUGGGAGAGGUGCUGAUAGAGCUGGAGUCGGCGCUGCUGGACGAUCAGCCUCACUGGUACAAGCUGCAGCUUCAUGACGUUUCCUCGGUGCCUCUGCCCAAUGCCUCCCCCUACCUGCAGAGGAGGGGACUGCAGACGGAGCCGUCGCAGAGCAGCAGGAGGCUUCAGAAUAAAGGUCCUUACUUUAACUCAGGAUCUCAGAGGAUCAGCGACAGCGAGUUUUCAGAUUACGACUGCGAGGACGGCAUAGGCGUCAUUUCAGAUUACAGACAGAAUGGGCGGGACUUCCACAGCUCCACCCUCUCAGUGCCAGAACAGGUGAUGUCGUCCAAUCACUGCUCCCGAUCUGAGAUGGUCCGCAGGUCACGGUCGCCAAGCCAACCGCCUCCACAAAGUGGCAACCCUAUGUAUCCGUUGUACCGGGAGGACGCGGUGCGGCUGCUGCGCGGCUCCAAACUGAGUCGAGCGUACUCUGACGCCUGUCAGUACAGCAGCCUGGACAGGCGACACCUGAGGAGAAUGUCUGUUGCCAACUCUCUCGAUUCCUACGACAGACACUUUAACGGUCCACAACAAACCUGGACAAACCAUGUUAUGAAUGGGAGUUGUGAGGAAUACAGUCAGGAUUUCAUCCCAGACUUUCCCUACGAGCCAGAAGCUUAUGAUGAGGAGCUGCUGAGGGCUAACGCUCGCGCCGGAUCCAACAUGACGAGUCCCACCGGAACGGCGGUCUGUCUUCGCCGCGGACGCCAGCUUCCUGUUGUCCCGCCAAAAGGACCUCUGGACCGAAAUGGAGAACCUUUUGACUGUGUUCAGACAGUGUUGGCCACUCCACCUGCAGGAGCACCAACAGCCACUUCCCCUCAUGAAGUCCUGCCCCCCAUACAGAAACAUGCCGCUCCACUUGUCAAUCACCAACCUCCUCCAAUGAUACGAAUUCAGGGACCACCAGCUCAUCCACCUCCAUCCACCUCUUUUCACCCUCCACCCGGUCCUCCACCUGUAUGCACACCUGUGCCUACAUCUGCACCCGUUCCCCCACCUGUACGCGCACCUGUGCCUACAUCUGCACCCGUUCCCCCACCUGUACGUGCUUCUGUGCCUGCACCCACCCCUGGUCCUCCACCCGCACCUGUACCUCCCGCUGCACCCACACCUGCACCUCAACCUGCACCCACAGUCACAUCAACACCUAUAGCUGCCCCUGUUUCUGUCCCAACACCUGCACCUACCCCAGCCCCGCCUCCUGCUCCUGUUCAGCCCCCUCCUCCUGUUGUACAACCACAGCCACCUCCUGAAUCCACUUUACCCCCAACUCCUUCCCCAGCCCCUUCACCAGCACCCUCACCAGCCCCACCCCCUCAGACUCCAGACCCAGAGAGACGCUCAGCUACACCUGGCGGCACCAGAAAAGAGGUCACAUGGGAGGACCAGCAGAGGAAAACACCCAAUGGAGACGUGUUGCCAGCGAGUGGAGAAGGUGUGAUGAAGGACCCCACUAAGAUGAGGGACAGCCUGUCCUUUAAAUCGUCAGACAGCGACGUCAGCGAUGUGUCUGCCAUGUCCAACGCGUCUGAAACCAGAACCGCCCUCAAGAUCAGUAAGGCGGAGUCUGUGGAGGACCAAUCAGGGGAUUUGGGCGGUGGCUCAGAGGGGGCACAGGAAAUAGAGGGAGCAGCAGAGGGCGAGUCUCAGCUCCAUAAGAGCGAAUCGAUGGAGGAAGGGCUGGAGGAGGAGGCGCAGUCUGAAAAAGCUGCAUCUACCUCUGGUGCUCCUCUCACCAAGUCAUCCAGCGUCGGUGGAGAGAUUUGCUCGUUAGGAAGAAACGACGACGACGACGACGACAAGAAGCGGCGCUCCAGCUUCGGAGCGAGGAUGAUGGGAAUGGUGGGACUGGGAAAGAAGAGUCAGAGCGCGUCCCAGCUCAACCCAGAGGAGGAGGAGAAGAAGAAGAAAGCGAUAAGACUUCCUGUCCAGAGGAGCGUAGAAACCGGUUUGGCCAUUGAGUUUAAAUCUCGAUUCACCCGACAGCCGAGUCGAGAUCCGGACGCCGAGGACCCAAAACCCGGAGCCCUGAUAUUUCCAGGAGUGAAGUUGGCGUCAGAUAAGCAGUUCACCGGCUUUCUGGAGGGAUUAGGACCCGGCCAAUUGGCUGGACGCCAGACGCUGGCCACGCCCCCCAUGGGGGACAUCCAGAUCGGGAUGGUCUACAGGAAGGAGCGGCUGGACGUGGAGGUGAUCCGGGCCCGGGGGCUUGUGGGUAAACAGGGCAACAAGAACACUCCAGCUCCUUAUGUGAAAGUGUAUUUAAUGGAUAACGGGAAAUGUGUGCUGAAGAGACGAACGCGUCUGGCAAGAAAAACUCUGGACCCGCUUUACCAGCAACAGCUCCAGUUUGAAGAAAAUCCUGAAGGGAAAGUGCUGCAGAUCAUCGUCUGGGGCGACUACGGACGCAUGGAUCAUAAAUCCUUCAUGGGAGCUGCUCAGAUCCUACUGGACGACUUGGACCUGUCCAACAUGGUGAUUGGCUGGUUCAAACUGUUUCCCGCCACGUCAUUGGUGGACCCGGCGUUGGCGCCGCUAACGAAUAAGGAGACCGAAGGCGGCAAAUCGUAGCAUCAGGAGACGGGACCGACUGCGUCGUCGCGUCAAACGGGCCUCGAGGCGAGCCGGAGGGGACAAACGGUCGCUGGGUGCAGUGACCCUCCUGUGCUCCUGCAUGCUGCAUGAUGAUGUCACAACGAUGACGUACCAGUGCCAUGAUGAUGUCAUCGGGGCGGAGGGAGGCUCCACCCCUCGCCGAGGAGAGGGCGGGACGGGUUGGGCAGAAGAUGCUUUGAAAAAGAGAGGCCAAAAGACUCGCAGCUGCCAGCCAAUCACAGCAGCUCCUCUGUGUCAUGUGACAGGCGGCCUCUGUUUCCAUGGAGAUGCAGGAACAUGGAGGUCUGCUGUGGUGUGUUUUUUGCAUGGAACGACAAAAAAGAUUAGAAGAAAAAAAAAAUAAACGUCAGAAACUUCAGCAGGAAAAAAAGAGAAAACAAACCGACACCCUGGGAAUGUCGCCUGAAAACUGGAAAAUAGUUUCGUCAUUUAUGAUUUUUGUAAAAUAUCCCUGACAUGCGACUCAUUUUUCAGAGAUUACAUAACGUGACUUUAGAUCCAUGAAGGUUCUCUAAAACAUCGUCAGUCCUGUAAGGUUUAACGUUCUGCUGCUAUGCCUGCUACAGCCUUGUUUUAAAAAACUGGGAUGCUGUAUAAAAUGUAAAUAAAUACAGAAUGCAAUGAUUUGCAAAUCAUUUAAACCAUA